AUGGCCGACAUAGACGACGAGCUUCUGGCUCUUGCGGGUGGUGGGGAGUCCUCUGAUGAGGAGGAGUUGAUGUCAGAGGCCGAGAGCAGGGCGCCAUCCGCAUCACCACCACCCAAGGCAGCCGCGAAAAAGUCUGAGGCAAAGAAGGCAAAAUCGCGCGUGGGUGGGAACGAUUCAGAAGAGGAAGGAGAGGCCACUUCACCACCCGGUAGUCCCAACUCGAUCGGAUCCGCCGCCAUGGACGAGUCCGACUCCGAAGCCGAGCCGCACAGACCUGGCCACGACGAUGACGAGGAAGACAAAUACCCGGUUGAUGGCAUGUUCAGGAGUCGUGCCGAGAAGGAACAGGUGAUGGCCAUGCGCGAGGUGGAGAGAGAAUCACUGCUGGCGGAGCGUCAAGCCGAGAUCGAGCGCCACCGACAGAAUCGCAUGCUUCGCCAGCUGGUCAGCAAGCAGGAGAACGAGGAAAAAAAGCAAAAAUUGAAGAAACGUAGCGCCGAUGCCGCUGAUCUUGAAGAGGCCUCGCGCAAGAACUCGCGGCCGCGCACCGAAGGCAAGACGUCUGCGAUAGAUACACUGCGUCGCGCGCGUGCGGAGAAGAGCGAUCGCGCCCGUCGUCGUGAGGAGGACCGUCAGAAGGGAAAUCGGUCGCCGCACGGCGAUUACCGAGACCAUGAUAGUGAUGAAGGAGGUGACUGGGAGGAACGCGAUCGCCGUCGUCAUCACAAGUCGCGAUCGCCCGACGAAGAAAUCGUCGCGCGCGCGCUGCCGCCCCCCGACAUCCGCGAUUUCGAGCGUGUCCGCGUCGGAAAGAGUCGUUUCGCCGAGUACUGCUUCAAUCCUGGUUUCGAGACAGCCAUGAUUGGAUGCUAUGUCCGCAUCAGCAUCGGCCCCGACCCUAAGACAGGCCAAGACGAGUAUCGCAUGGCGCGCAUUCAAUCCAUCACCGUCGGCAAACCAUAUGCCAUGACUGGUCCAGGUGGCUCUUUCGUUACUGACCAGUAUGUUCUGGCCGCUCAUGGCAAGGCAGAGAGGCCGUUCCCUUUCAUCUUUCUGUCGGAUCGGCCAUUCAGUGAACGCGAGUACAACCGCUACGAAAAGGUCAUCCAGUCUGAAGGACUUAGCCUCCCCAAGAAACAGGUUCUUCUCGACAAGAUUGAAGAUAUCAACGCGCUCAUCGCCCACCACCUCACGACGACGGAGAUUGACGAGCGCAUCCAGCGCAAGAACGCCCUGCGCAAGAAGUUCGAUCCCAAGCUCCGUGAGCGUCUCGCCCAGGAGAUCGAGGUUGCGCGACUCAGGGGCAACGCAGCCAAGGCGGAGGAAUUACAGGAACAACUCGACGACCUCAAGACGAAUGUUCUCGCAUUCAAGACGAGCCUCAGCGACUCGUCGUCAAAGCCGAGUACGACGUCGCAGCAGGACCGCCUGGCCAACAUCAACCGCCAGCGCCGACUCGAGAACGCCGAGAACGUCCGUAGGGCGCAGCUCAAGGAGAAGGCCGAGGCGCGCAAGCUAGAUGCGGCACUGGAGAGGGGCGAGGACAUCAAGAACGAUCUUUCGCGGCGGCUGCGGACGAGAGCGAAGUUCAUACAUGAUGCCAACGACUCUGGUAAGAAGCCCACGGGCAAGGAUAGCAACGCGAGCACGCCUGCGAAUGGGACGCCGAAAUCCGGGGCUCAGGAGAAGAAUCUGCUACCCAACUUGGCCAAGCUCCAGGCCGCAAAACAGGAGAAGAAGGGCAUCCCGACUAUUCAUAAGCCGCUCAUGGACGACGAUAUUAUCGGAGCUUUGGAUCUCGACAUUGACAUCGAGAUUGAUUAG